CUUGAACCAGUCAACAUGGCUGCUCCUCCCGCCUCAAACUUCUUCUACCACACCCGCCCCGGCAAACAAAACAGCCGAUCUCCUCCUCGUCGAUUCAGACCUAAUGGACCAAAACAAUCUCCUCCAUUCAUCCGUACCAACAACACCCCCUCCAACGCUCCUCAACAUCAGAGGCAGCCGAACCCUCACUACAAGUCAAACUCUGGCAUCUCCAAGCCAGCACCUCGAAAGCCUCAUCGCGAGGUCGAUGGAGACAUCUCCAUGACCGACGUCUUCGUCAAGCCUCAACCUCAAAAGAGGCAGCCUCCUCCAACCAAGACCCAACCAAACACUGGCCGUAAAGCCAACUACAACAACAACAUCAACAACCGCAAAUCAACCGACGGGGAUACCAUCAUGCUCGACGCAUGCCCCAUGUCUCAGAAUCUUAAGAGACAUCUCAACAAUACCAACAACACCAACACACCUCACCAAUACCGACGCGGCACACCCACUAAGCCCGCCCCUAAGAGACCAUUCUCUAAGGACUUCGAUGGGGACACACCCAUGUUCGACAUCCUCGACAUGGUCCCCACCCCAGUCAAUCUACCUGUCCUCCAACCGAUACAGCUACCAUGCUACCCAAUAACCAACCUUCCCGUCGACUUCGACGGCGACUCCAUGAUGCUCGAAGCCUUCUAA